ACAUUUUCAUCGAAGACCACAACUCGGUCACUUCCUGUCCCCGGUCGGGAGCACACGAACAGGCUUGCCAGUGCCACACACGUGAGAAAAGAAACAGCCAAAACAGCACAAGAUGGACAUCACAGAAGUUCCCCUGAGUCAGGACAACAAAGGUAAGAACAAGAAGAACAAGAAGCCGAAGAAGAAGAAGAGCGUAGGUCAGGAGGAGGGAAGUGGGGAAGGCAGCGGUGUUGUGAAGGAGGAGGAGGAGAAGAUGGAGAAGAGCGAGUCAACAGCAGCUGCUUUCCCCCCCACCUUCAGUGUGUCCGAAAUCAAGAAUAAACAGCGAAGACACCUCAUGUUCAUGAAACUCAAGCAAGAAAAAAGAAAGCAAAAGAUGCAGCUGAAGAAAAAGAAGAAAAAAGAAAGGGAUGCUCUAGGUGACAAGGCACCGCCAAAAGAGGUCCCAAAGACGAUAGAAAACCAGAGGGUGUACGACGAGACAACGGUUGACCCAGAAGAUGAAGAGGUUGCAUUUGACGAGGGAACUGAUGAGUUUUCUGCCUACUUCAACGGGUUGACAAACCCCAAAGUGCUCAUCACAACAUCAGACAGACCGAGAGGGAGGACUGUGAAGUUUUGCGAGCAGCUGGCCACAGUGAUCCCAGACGCCCAUGUGUACUACAGAAGAGGUUUGGCCCUGAAGAGGGUCAUUCCUCAGUGUGUCGCCAGGAACUUCACCUACCUCAUUGUCAUUAACGAGGAUCGCAAAGUGCCCAAUGGUAUGGUUCUCUGCCAUCUACCUGAUGGGCCGACUGCACACUUCAAGAUCAGCAAUGUUCGACUACGCAAGGAGAUGAAGAGACGAGGCAAAGAUCCAACUGAACACUCUCCAGAGGUGAUCCUCAACAACUUCAGCACACGUCUGGGCCACAGCAUCGGCCGGAUGUUCGCCGCUCUGUUUCCACAAGACCCUCAGUUUGUGGGGCGUCAGGUCGUCACCUUCCACAACCAGAGAGACUUCAUCUUUUUCAGAUUCCACAGGUACAUCUUCAAGAAUGAGAAGAAAGUUGGUAUUCAAGAGCUGGGACCCCGCUUCACCCUCAAACUCCGCUCGCUACAGAAAGGCACCUUUGACUCUAAGUUUGGGGAGUACGAGUGGGUCCUUAAGCGCCAUGAGAUGGAUGCCUGCAGACGGAAGUUCCAGCUUUGAAUGCAAAAUAAAAACCAGCUUUUGUGGUCAGCCAGGGGCAGUCACAUCUUAUCCAACACAGUGCUGCUGUUUGUGGCUUUGCACAAAUGGACUGUAUACAGGAUAUAUGGAUUAUUUGUGGACAACCGGUGGCAAGAGUGAACGUUUGUCGUUUCAACACACAUUACUGGAUUAUAUGACAUUGAAUUUCUGCAAAUUCACAUUCAACCAAGUGUGGGACAAGGGUCCCGAGCUCCAGACACGGACUUUUACUCUUUGUUGUUGGGAGACAAGCAGAUAGAACCUGAAAAUUUGGACCUGUGAGGGUUUGGCAAAGUUGUAUUGGCACAUGAUCAGAACCUAUCAAAUUUCUCUUCACAUUACUGUAUGAAUGUGGUCCAGAAUUAAUCUGAGGUUUGGUGUGAGUCUGCCCUAGUCACAGUCUGUUGUGCUUUAAGAAAUUACACCUGAUAAAUCCUGCUCUGUGAACAAUAUAAAGAGAGUAAACAUACUUUCUUCAUUAAGUGAAGCAGUAGCCAUGAUCUUGAAGUGGUUAAGUGCUUCUUUUGCGUGUGAGAGGACAGUCAUAAUAUUUAUGGAUGACACACUGAACACGUUUCACAGAUUUCUAAAUGUAUAUAUACUUGUUUUAAUAAAGCAUGUAGCUCCAAGUUUAAAA